AUGGGUUUGGUGUAUAUAGUCAAGGGCCCUGGAGACUGCCUCACUGGUUACGUCGAAUGGGAUGCCCCUAUUGGAGUCCCUGGGAUCGUUCACUUGGAAGCAGCUCUACCACCGGUGCGGUGCGAACAAUUGGAAGACAGCCCCGGUCAAGCACAGGUUGUGGUUGUCGAUUUCGUUUUCGAGCGAGACGAUGUGGAUUUGCUAAAUUUCGCGUCCAGGUCCAUCUCGUCUUCUCCAAGGUCGGGUAG